AUGCCACGUUUCUUGGACACGCACACAGGCGAGUUCGUCCUGAAGAACGACCCUGCUACUGCGCGUUACGCAAUCCUAUCCCAUACCUGGAGAUCCGAGGCCAACGGCGGCGAGCAAACGUAUGACGUUGUCAUAGAGCUCCAACGUCAAAGCAGGCUUUCCCCGCUUCGGCGAGAUGGAGUCGCCUCGUGCGCUCCCUGCCCCUGCCAGUCCUGUGGCGGAGCGCUCUCGGUAUCUCCCCUUCUCUGGCACCGCGACUCGAAGCUCUCAGACAAGAUCAAGGGCAUAUGCAAGGUCGCCCGCGAGGCAGGCUACAAACUCCUCUGGGUGGACUCGUGCUGCAUCGACAAGUCCAGCAGUGCAGAGCUUUCCGAGGCGAUCAAGUCGAUGUGGGAGUGGGAUUUGCGAUUCGGCCCAUUCGGGGCAAGCCAAUGGCACAGGCGAGGAUGGACGCUGCAAGAGCUGAUUGCACCGGAUGACGUCGUGUUCAUGACGCGUCGAUGGGAAGUUUUCGGUACCAAGAUCGGUCUCGCCGAAACUCUCGACCAGAUCACGGGAAUCGAUGUUUCUAUCCUCACAGGCCAGGUGGAUAUACGGUCUGUCAGCGUCGCGUGUAGGAUGUCAUGGGCCGCGAAGCGCAAGACUACUCGUGUCGAGGAUCAGGCGUACUGUCUCAUGGGAAUCUUCGGAGUCCAUAUCACCCCUAUCUACGGCGAGGGAACAAACGCGUUUCUGCGUCUCCAGGAGGAGAUCAUCAGGACCAUCGCGGACCAGAGCAUCUUCGCAUGGGGAUACGCCAACUGCACAGCCCAGAACCCUGAAUCCGAAGCUGGGACCGAGCCGGGCCUCCAUGGAAUCGAAGAAUGGGAGCGUUAUGUUGAAGACAUAGAGACUGGGUUUCUCGACCUGCCGGCGCUGGAGUACGAUACACCCCUCGGGACUGCUGUCAACACACGUCUGCCCCGUAUCGACCAGAUACUCGGUCAAGUGCCCCGUAUCGAUCAUACAUACGUGCCCGAAGUCAAACAGUCGAACAACAUCACGCUGAGCGGUGCGGUGGACAUGGCAAGAACGACCUACGAGUUUCAUAGUACAGAUUCAGAACACCACGAAAGUGGGCCUAGUACCCCUUCGUCCACGCACUCCAGCCUCCCGCACACUGCUUCGCAGCACACAAACGACUCGGAGUUUCUCAUGCAUGAUGAGAUCCCUCCGUCGCCGGAGGACAUCGGACAUCGUGGCUUCGAGUCGUCCGUGCUUGGCAUCCACUACGAGGAUGAAGCAGGUCCGCCUGACCAACCACCCGAUGUCUCCCCGCCAAUAGCCGCUUGGGACCCUGCAUCCGUUCCUGCGACCGGCCCAACCCGACACGGCCUUUCCUGGUGGCAAGUCGUACUGGGUGAAGAUGUUGAUAAUGGCAGUACGCCGCCGGGUACGGCCGCUGAACAGACUCCUCCCGAGAUUCCGUCGGGCGAGCCCUCCUGUCACCCAAACUCCGAGUCUCGAGAUCCAACAACUGUUCCUCUAUCCGAGUCAUCCACGGGCAUCGCGGCGCCGACUGGCUCCAACGCAUCUCUCCUCCAUGAAGACGCGGCCCCUCACAUCGACGAGUCGCACCAUCAAAAGAAAGCUAUCGAAGCCCUCAGAAGCGAAAACGAUGCGAUGCGCGCGCAAAUGUCCAUCAUGGCCGCGCAGAUGGCCGCCGUGUCCGCUCAACUGGAGGUUCUCGUGAGCGCUGCAGCAUGUCAAAGAGCGUCUACGCCGGGCCCGCCGGCUUUCCUUCGGUCUGUCCGGAAGAUCUUUAGGAGGUUCAGUAAACGGCAGGACGGACGAGCGUAG